GUAAGUUAAAAAAAUUUACCGAAAUUAAGGGUUGGAUCCCGUCUAAAACACCGACAAUACAUUACAAAGAAAAGACAACAAGAUAAGCACGAUGUGGCCGCUGGUAAUGGCUGUCCUCAGGCGCAAUGCCGUUUACAUAACCCUGCCCAUUGCCGGCAUUGUGGGUUUCAUUGGCUAUAAUCUGGAGAGCCUGCUGUCUGACAAAUUUACUCCCUACAGCCCCUCCAUUCAGGAAGUGCGAGCCAAGCGCUUGACCGAAGAGAGCCUCACAUCGAACGUCACCAAUGUGGAGAAACUCCGGCUCAACAGCUCUGUCCUGGAGCGGAAUCUGUCCCCUUCCCUGCAGCCCAAGGCCUGAAUUAAGUGUUUUUAUCUGUAAAUGUGUUAGCUAAAAUUAAAAUGUUGAUAAAA